GCGGCCGUUACCGUCUUCACCUCCUCGCGCUGCGCCGCCGCCCGCUCUGGGGGCGAGGCGAGGCGAGGCCGGAGAGGCAGCAGGGCGGGUGCUGGGGCUGUUAUAGAACAUAUGUUAAAAGAAGAACAUAGCUCAGCUACUGUUUCAACAGGAUGGGUUCUAUCGUGUGGGAAUGUGGUUAAUCAACUUGACACGUUAACCUAAUACAACCUAUAUAAUGUGAAAAGAAAAGACAAGAUGUCCCAUCUGUCUCGAGUGUUCUGUCGGACUGAGUGAAUAAGACUCUAUCAGCACAAAUAGUAUUUCAGUUUUUGAAGACUCUUAACAAACAAGCAGCAAAAAUACUGGCAUUAAAGCCAAACCUUCGGUACAUGUAUAUCUGAACGUGUGCAUUGGAUAAUCUGACAGGCCUCUGUGACUGGCUCCCAUUCACAUGUAGAAGGAUGGCUACUAGCUUGAUGUUCUGCUCUCUUUUGUUCUUGGAUGUUUUGGUGGGGCAUACAAGUGGACACAGUUUAUUUUCUUGUGAGCCAAUCAUCUUAAGGAUGUGCCAAGACCUGCCUUACAAUACCACCUUUAUGCCUAAUCUUCUGAAUCAUUAUGACCAGCAAACUGCAGCAUUAGCAAUGGAGCCGUUUCAUCCUAUGGUCAAUCUGGAAUGCUCCAGGGAUUUUCGACCAUUUCUAUGUGCCCUAUAUGCUCCAGUCUGUAUGGAGUAUGGACGUGUCACUCUCCCAUGUCGCAGGCUUUGUCAACGUGCAUACAGCGAAUGUUCCAAACUCAUGGAGAUGUUUGGUGUCUCUUGGCCAGAGGAUAUGGAAUGCAGCAGAUUCCCGGACUGUGAUGAGCCUUACCCUCGUCUCGUAGACCUCAAUUUAGCUGGAGAGCCCACAGAAGAGGCCCCAAUGGCAGUGCAGAGGGACUAUGGCUUUUGGUGCCCCCGGGAGUUGAAAAUAGACCCUGAUCUGGGUUAUUCUUUCCUGAGGGUACAAGACUGUUCCCCUCCUUGUCCAAAUAUGUACUUUAGGCGUGAAGAGCUCUCCUUUGCCCGAUAUUUCAUCGGAGUGAUUUCCAUCGUCUGCCUUUCUGCUACCUUGUUUACUUUUUUAACUUUUCUGAUUGAUGUCACAAGAUUCCGCUAUCCAGAAAGACCCAUUAUAUUUUAUGCUGUCUGUUACAUGAUGGUGUCAUUAAUUUUCUUCAUUGGCUUUUUGCUUGAGGACCGAGUAGCGUGCAAUGCAUCUAGCCCUGCGCAAUACAAGGCUUCCACAGUGACACAGGGCUCUCAUAACAAAGCUUGCACCAUGCUUUUCAUGGUGCUGUAUUUCUUUACCAUGGCUGGCAGUGUUUGGUGGGUCAUUCUUACCAUCACAUGGUUCUUGGCAGCUGUGCCAAAGUGGGGCAGUGAAGCAAUUGAGAAGAAAGCAUUGCUCUUCCAUGCCAGUGCAUGGGGCAUUCCAGGAACUCUAACCAUCAUCCUUUUAGCAAUGAAUAAAAUUGAAGGUGACAAUAUUAGUGGCGUGUGUUUUGUUGGCCUCUAUGAUGUGGAUGCAUUACGAUAUUUUGUUCUUGCCCCCCUCUGCCUGUAUGUUGUGGUUGGAGUUUCUCUGCUGCUCGCUGGCAUUAUCUCCCUCAAUCGGGUUCGCAUUGAAAUCCCAUUAGAAAAAGAGAACCAGGACAAGCUGGUGAAGUUCAUGAUCCGGAUUGGUGUGUUCAGUGUUCUGUACCUCGUUCCACUCUUGGUUGUAAUUGGCUGCUAUUUCUAUGAGCAGGCUUUCCGAGGUGUGUGGGAGACAACAUGGAUACAAGAACGCUGCAGAGAAUAUCACAUCCCAUGCCCAUAUCAGAUCUCUCAGAUGAGUCGCCCAGACCUGAUUCUCUUUCUGAUGAAGUAUCUUAUGGCUCUAGUAGUUGGGAUCCCUUCUGUCUUUUGGGUUGGAAGUAAAAAGACCUGCUUUGAAUGGGCCAGCUUUUUUCAUGGACGCAGGAAAAAAGAAGCUGUAAAUGAGAGCCGCCAGGUGCUGCAGGAGCCCGAUUUUGCUCAGUCACUUCUGAGGGAUCCUAAUACCCCCAUUAUCCGAAAAUCAAGGGGCACUUCCACUCAGGGGACUUCCACUCAUGCUUCAUCUACUCAUCUGGCUAUGAUGGAUGACCAGAGGAGCAAAGCAGGCAGUGUCCACAGCAAAGUAAGCAGCUACCAUGGCAGCCUGCAUAGGUCCCGUGAUGGCCGGUACACCCCCUGCAGCUACAGAGGCAUAGAAGACAGACUACCUCAUGGCAGCAUGUCACGACUGACUGAUCACUCCAGGCAUAGCAGUUCACAUCGGCUCAAUGAACAGUCACGUCACAGCAGCAUCAGGGAUCUCAGCAACAACCCAAUGACCCACAUCACACAUGGACAGAAGCGACUUUGUCUGUACAAAGUGCAAGCUGGUCCCCAUAUUGGAAGAGAAGGUUCAAGGUCAGGGGAAACGAGUAUCGACCCAGCGUUGCAUAAGAGAAACUGAAGAUUUCCUGGACAGAUGUCAGGAUAUGCUUCUACGGGCACAACGUUCUGAAGAUUCAGAGCAGGCUGCGCAGUGGAGACAGGAGGACGGUGAAGAGGAAGAAAGGGGAGCAUCCAUGUACCAACAGCAGAUACAGGUAAGCAACCAUUUUCAUGUUCUCUCCACAGGUACUAAUGCGGAGAGUGGACUAGAUGAUACAUCUGAGGGAAGGGAACAGAAGGAGACUCUGCUGAUUGGAAGGCAUGAGAUGCACAGUCCUAGGGAUGGGGGUUCCACAACCACCGCUCCCAAGAGGAGAAGGAGGCGGGUGGUGGUGGUCCGGCACUCUCUCCUCAGGGGGACUGAGUCAUCUAUUUGCCGCCCUGACUGGGAAAACAGAGAAGUCUGCUGCUUGCCAGGAGCUAGGAUACAUGAUGUGACAGAGAGACUGCUGAGACGCAUCAAGCCCUCGGAUGGCUACCCCUCCCUGCUUCUCCACGUGGGCACCAACGAUACUGCCAAGAAUGACCUUGAGCGGAUCACUGCAGACUGUUUUGCUCUGGGAAGAAGGAUAAAGGAGUUUGAGGCACAAGUGGUGUUUUCGUCCAUCCUUCCCAUGGAAGGAAAAGGCCGGGGUAGAGACCUUCGAAUUGCGGAAGUCAACGAAUGACUACGCAGGUGGUGUCGGAGAGAAGGCUUUGGAUUCUUUGACCAUGGGAUGGUGUUCCAAGAAGGAGGAGUGCUAGGCAGAGACGGGCUCCGCCUUACGAAGAGAGGGAAGAGCAUCUUCGGAAGCAGGCUGGCUAACCUAGUGAGGAGGGCUUUAAACUAGGUUCACCGGGGGAAGGAGACCAAAGCCCUGAGGUAAGUGGGGACGUGGGAUACCGGGAGGAAGCACGAGCAGGAGAACGUGAAAGGGGAGGGCUCCUGCCUCAUACUAAGAAAGCAGGACAAACAGCAAGUUAUCUCAAGUGUCUAUACACAAAUGCAAGAAGCCUUGGAAACAAGCAGGGAGAACUGGAAGUCCUGGCACAGUCAAGGAAUUAUGAUGUGAUUGGAAUAACAGAGACUUGGUGGGAUAACUCACAUGACUGGAGUACUGUCAUGGGUGGAUAUAAGCUGUUCAGGAAGGACAGGCAGGGCAGAAAAGGUGGGGGAGUUGCAUUGUAUGUAAGGGAGCAGUAUGACUGCUCAGAGCUCAAGUAUGAAACUGCAGAAAAACCUGAGUGUCUCUGGAUUAAGUUUAGAAACGUGAGCAACAAGGGUGAGGUCGUGGUGGGAGUCUGCUAUAGACCACCGGAUCAGGGGGAUGAGGUGGACGAGGCUUUCUUCUGGCAAGUAACGGAAGUUACUAGAUCGCAGGCCCUGGUUCUCAUGGGAGAAUUCAAUCACCCUGAUAUAUGUAGGGAGAGCAAUACAGCGGUGCACAGACAAUCCAGGACAUUUUUGGGAAGUGUAGGGGACAAUUUCCUGGUGCAAGUGCUGGAGAAACCAACUACGGGCAGAGCUCUUCUUGACCUGCUGCUCACAAACCGGGAAGAAUUAGUAGGGGAAGCAAAAGUGGAUGGGAACCUAGGAGGCAGUGACCAUGAGAUGGUCAAGUUCAGGAUCCUGACACAGGGAAGAAAGGAGAGCAGCAGAAUACGGACCCUGGACUUCAGAAAAGCAGAUUGUGACAACCUCAGGGAACUGAUUGGCAGGAUCCCCUGGGAGAAUAACAUGAGGGGGAAAGGAGUCCAGGAGAGCUGGCUGUAUUUUAAAGAAUCCUUAUUGAGGUUACAGCGACAAACCAUCCCAAUGUGUAGAAAGAAUAGUAAAUAUAACAGGCAACCAGCUUGGCUUAAUAAUGAAAUCCUUGCUGAUCUUAAACACAAAAAAGAACCUUAGAAGAAGUGGAAGAUUGGAAAAAUGACCAGGGAAGAGUAUAAAAAUAUUGCUCGGGCAUGCAGGAGAGAAAUCAGGAAGGCCAAAUCACACCUGGAGUUGCAGCUAGCAAGAGAUGUUAAGAGUAACAAGAAGGGUUUCUUCAGGUAUGUUAGCAACAAGAAAAAAGCAAGGAAAGUGUGGGCCCCUUACUGAAUGAGGGAGGCAACCUAGUGACAGAGGAUGUGGAAAAAGCUAAUAGUACUCAAUGCUUUUUUUGCCUCUGUCUUCAUGAACAAGGUCAGCUCCCAGACUGUUGCACUGGGCAGCACAGCAUGGGGAGGAGGUGACCAGCCCUCUGUGGAGAAAGAAGUGGUUCGGGACUAUUUAGAAAAGCUGGACGAGCACAAGUCCAUGGGGCCGGAUGCACUGCAUCCAAGAAUGCUAAAGGAGUUGGUGGAUGUGAUUGCAGAGCCAUUGGCCAUUAUCUUUGAAAACUCAUGAUGAUCGGGGGAGGUCCCGGAUGACUGGAAAGGCUAAUGGAGUGCCCAUCUUUAAAAAAGGGAAGGAGGGGGAUCCUGGAAACUACAGGCCAGUCAGCCUCACCUCAGUCCCUGGAAAAAUCAUGGAGCAGGUCCUCAAGGAAUCAAUUAUGAAGCACUUAGAGGAGAGGAAAGUGAUCAGGAACAGUCAGCAUGGAUUCACCAAGGGCAAGUCAUGCUUGACUAAUCUAAUUGCCUUCUAUGAUGAGAUAACUGGCUCUGUGGAUGAGGGAAAGCAGUGGACGUGUUGUUUCUUGACUUUAGCAAAGCUUUUGACACUGUCUCCCACAGUAUUCUUGCCAGUAAGUUAAAGAAGUAUGGGCUAGAUGAAUGGACGAUAAGGUGGAUAGAAAGCUGGCUAGAUUGUCGGGCUCAACAGGUCGUGAUCAAUGGCUCCAUGUCUAGUUGGCAGCCGGUAUCUAGCGGAGUGCCCCAAGGGUCGGUCGUGGAGCCGGUUUUGUUUAAUAUCUUCAUUAAUGAUCUGGAGGAUGGCGUGGAUUGCACCCUCAGCAAGUUUGCAGAUGACGCUAAACUGGGAGGAGAGGUAGAUACGCUGGAGGGUAAGGAUAAGAUACAGACGAACCUAGACAAAAAGCUGAAAACUCCAAGCCUCUUUAAUCUCUCCUCAUAUGGGACCCGUUCCAAAUCCCUAAUCAUUUUAGUUGCCCUUUUCUGAACCUUUUCUAAUGCCAGUAUAUCUUUUUUGAGAUGAGAGGACUACAUCUGUACACAGUAUUCAAGAUGUGGGUGUACUGUGGAUUUAUAUAAGGGCAAUAAGAUAUUCUCUGUCUUAUUCUCUAUCCCUUUUUUAAUGAUUCCUAACAUCCCAUUUGCUUUUUUGAGUGCCGCUGCACGCUGCGUGGACAUCUUCAGAGAACUAUCCACGAUGACUACAAGAUCUUUCUCCUGAUUAGUUGUAGCUAAAUUAACCCCCAUCAUAUUGUAUAUAUAGUUGGGGUUAUUUUUUCCAAUGUGCAUUACUUUACAUUUAUCCACAUUAAAUUUCAUUUGCCAUUUUGUUGCCCAAUCACUUAGUUUUGUGAGUUUUUUUUUUAAAUUCUUCAGUCUGCUUUGGUCUUGACUAUCUUGAGCAGUUUAGUAUCAUCUGCAAACUUUGCCACCUCACUGUUUACCCCUUUCUCCAGAUCAUUUAUGAAUAAGUUGAAUAGGAUUGGUUUUAGGACUGACCCUUGGGAAACACCACUAGUUACCCCUCUCCAUUCUGAAAAUUUACCAUUUAUUCCUACCCUUUGUUCCCUGUCUCUUAACCAGUUCUCAAUCCAUGAAAGGAUCUUCCCUCUUAUCCCAUGACAACUUAAUCUACGGAACAACGACUUCACUCCCUCGAUGUCCACUGGGCCUUGCUUCUACAUGCAGAGGAUAAGACCAAUCAGGAAAUCUCCUAGAUUGUUUGUUUAUCACAGUAGCUGAAAAGGUUAAGGGGCAGGCGAUCUCCAUACAGCAAAUCUCCAAGUGGAUUUCGGGGUGCAUUACACUGUGCUACCAGUUGUUGGGAAUGCCUCCACUCCUCGGGUGAGGGCCCAUUCCACAAGAGCCCAUGCUUCGACCAUGGCCUCCCUACAUAUGUCCCGAAGCGGCACAUCGUGGAGAGUGGCCACGUGGAAUUCACUACAUACAUUUGCUGUGCAUUAUGCAUUAGUGCAGGACUCUGCAACAGAUGCCUCAUUCAGUGUAGCUGUCCUCCGCUCAACCCUUCUAUCCUCAUCCUCAAACCCCACUCUGACUCAGGUACUGCUUGUAAAUUACCCACAGUGGAAUACUAUAGGGACCAUGACUUGAAGAAGAGGAGGAGGAUACUGUAACUGGAGACACUUCAAGGUGUGUUUUCUACCUGUAUUCCACUUCCCGUAUUCCUUCCCCUUUGUUGCGGAUCUCUUGGUUUCAUGGUGGAGAUGGAACUGGAGAUGCCGUCAGUCCAUCCACCCUUUAUCACCUCAGACAAAACCAUGAUGGAGGCCAAGGGCACGUACACGGACCAAUGGACGUUACUACUUGAGUCAGCAGUGUGCCCUUGAGUCACACUCAAGUCAGCAGUGUGCCCUUGUUGCCAAGAAGGCCAAUGGCAUUUUGGGAUGUAUAAGUAGGGGCAUAGCGAGCAGAUCGAGGGACGUGAUCGUUCCCCUCUAUUCGACAUUGGUGAGGCCUCAUCUGGAGUACUGUGUCCAGUUUUGGGCUCCACACUUCAAGAAGGAUGUGGAUAAAUUGGAGAGAGUCCAGCGAAGGGCAACAAAAAUGAUUAGGGGUCUGGAACACAUGAGUUAUGAGGAGAGGCUGAGGGAGCUGGGAUUGUUUAGCCUGCAGAAGAGAAGAAUGAGGGGGGAUUUGAUAGCUGCUUUCAACUACCUGAAAGGGGGUUCCAAAGAGGAUGGCUCUAGACUGUUCUCAAUGGUAUCAGAUGACAGAACGAGGAGUAAUGGUCUCAAGUUGCAGUGGGGGAGGUUUAGAUUGGAUAUUAGGAAAAACUUUUUCACUAAGAGGGUGGUGAAACACUGGAAUGCGUUACCUAGGGAGGUGGUAGAAUCUCCUUCCUUAGAGGUUUUUAAGGUCAGGCUUGACAAAGCCCUGACUGGGAUGAUUUAACUGGGAAUUGGUCCUGCUUCGAGCAGGGGGUUGGACUAGAUGACCUUCUGGGGUCCCUUCCAACCCUUAUAUUCUAUGAUUCUAUGAUUCUACUUGAAAAAUCUCUGGCUCUGGACGCAUGUGUAAACCCUCAGUGGAAUACAGAUAAGGACCACACAUCUCCAAGAAUCUCCAGUUUUACAGUUAAGUAACCUCCUCUUCAUCCACAGCUACUUGAUGCAGGAGGAGGAGAGUGAGGAAGAACAUCAGCUACCAGGAGAGGAGCAUCCAAUCCCUGCUGCAUCUUCUGUUCUGCCCCUGACAAGGCUGUGAAUCCACCCAUAUUGGCCUCAAUUGGUGAGUUUAAGGUAUUCUGGUACCUGAUGAAACACAUAGCAGAAACCUUAGACAUACCCCUGGAAGUAGUUCAAGAGAAGCAGCACAAAUGAUUGGACUUUUUCCAUCUUUCAUCACCAGGGACCAUGCCCUUUAAAGAUCUCGUGGAGCCCACAAGAACUACUUGUCAUACCCCUGCAUCCAUCCUGCAAGGUCAAAAAGAGCUGACAGGUGGUACCAGAUCCCUGCUAAAGAUAUAAAUAUUUCUAAGGGCUUGUCUUCAUGUACAGCCACUGUUGCGCUUUAGGAAGACACUACUAUGCCAACAGCCAUUGGCAUAGUUAUCUACUGCCUCUUGGGGAGGUGGAUUAUGUCAACAGCAGAAGCUCUCCCAUUGACAUAGCGAUGUCUACACAGGUGUGGAUAUUUCACACCCCUAAGUGACAUAAUUAUACUGAUACAGGUCUGUAGUGUAGACCUGGCCUAAUUCCAUCCUACACCUGCCUCUUGUAGUGGCAGCAGUACCAGAGAGAUCAAAGCAGCAGGGACUUCUCAAGAGAGAAAAGGACCCCCAAAAUUGGACCUCUUCAUCUGCAAGGUUAUAUUCAUCAGCGAGCCUCCAAAGGGGGGUGGCUGACUAUGAUGCCCUUCUCUCAAAAUGUGAUUCCUAAGAGCACCCAGAUUUGAAAUAGAUCAUCUCAGAGGGACAACUGACUGCCUGUACUUCUCUGUAGGCUGUGCUGAGCACAGUGGCCACUGCAAACAGUGAUGAGGAAGAUUGUCAUGGUUUCAGUCCUCCAGAAUACCCAUGAGGUCCAGGAAACAAUCAUGGACCUCCUGUUUGAGGGCAGUGAACUGUUCAGCAACAGAUCAAAUGAAACCUUCCACACUCUAAAAUACUUGAGGAUGACUGCAGUCUCUGAUAUUCUGUCUUGACACCAAGGAGGAAGCAGCCAUACCAACAAUCAUCCUUUAGACGGCACUUUAUCCAAUUUUACAGUCAGCCACGGAGGACCUCAGAGCCACUGAGGAAGAGAGAUACCACCUGACACAGCCUUCUGCCUCCUGGGGCUUCCACCAGGCAGCCUGUUUGAUUCCAAUGUCCUAUCAGUCCAAAGGAUCUUUUUUUUAUUCUAUACUCCCCUUUGACAGCUGCCUUUGACAACUGCUUUUUUUAAUUUUCAAGUUGCUUGGGCUGAGAUUACUAAGGUCCAGCAGGUCCUGGAGAUUGGAAACCCUAGGUAUCUCAUUCUGUUUCAAUCCUUUCCCGCUCCCUUUUCAGGGACCCUUCUCACAAGAGUUCAUUACAACUUGGAGCAGUGGAGGAGGUACCCGUACAGUUCAGGAACAGGAGGCUUUAUUCCCAUUUUCUGAUCCCAAAGAAGAAAGAGUUGGUGGCCUACCCUGGACCUUCCAUGUCUCAACCCCUUCAUCCACCGUUUCAAAUUCAGGAAGACGACUCAAGUCUUAGAUCCUCAGGACUGAUUCAUGGCUCUUUAACCUGAAAGACUACAUGUAACCUUUUCUGAUAGAGUUAAGGGUCAUAGAGGUUAUCCAAGUGGAUCUUCAGCUGUAAAAGGACAUGUUAUGAGUUAGCCAGCGUAGAGACACCUAACCAUAUUAGAGCUCAGUCCACGAGAACUCAAGCAGCCUUUGCUGAAUGGUUGGGGAAUAUCCCUACAGCUGAAAUGUGUAGAGUUGCUAAGUGGAGUUUGAUCAGCAUAUUUACAAGACACUAGUCCUUACUAGAGGCUUGCAGAUUGGGAGCAGAUUUGUCCUGCUAUGAUUAUUUAAGUAGGACUCCUGUUACCCACCUCCAAACAACUAGAUAACUGCUUGUUAGUCCCCAAUCUGUGUGGACAAGCACUCGCAGAAGAAAGAAUAGUUACUAACCCUGCAGUAGCUAACUGUGGUUCUUCAAGAUGUGUUGUCCACACAAAUUUCAUGUCCCAUCCUCCUUCCCCACUACUGCAGAGUCCUACUCCUAGGGAAAUCUGUACUGCCAAUGGAACUGAGACACUGUUGGGCUCACUACACCCUUUAUGCCUUCAGGUGAAGGGGGAAAGGGAGCCGGGCACUUCGGGUGUAGGCACAGCCCCAAUGGACACUUCUGCUCAAAAGACUCUGAUCUUGUGUGCAUGGGGCAUGUGCACAUUGAGUAGAAUCUGUGUAGCCAGCAUAUCUGGAAGAACCACAGUUACUGUAGAGUAAGUAACCAUUCUAGUCUGUUGCUUGUUACUUUUCUGUUUGUCUUCUAUUAUAGUAUUUGAUUUGUGGUUAAGGCUGAUCUUAAUGCAGUUUGUGUCUGUGCAUAUGUGCCAGCUGUUCCAUAUACCCACAUCCCACUAUCAAAGCCUGCCCCAACAGUAAUGUUUUUAUUCUCAAACACUGGCCUACACCCCUCCAUUAUGGAAUGCAAUCUUCAUGUUCAACUCAUCAAAGAGAAGCUGGUAUCUCCCCUCCCACAGUUUCACUUUGCAGUUUGCACUUUCUGCCAGGGCCUUUCCUUCACACUCCCCAGUUAUUGAAUCUCGUUCAUCAUUUUUCCUAAAACCAUCUGGCGCAUUUAAAAGCAUCCCCACAUAUCUGUUGACAUAAGUGUUUCAGUGAAGUUAAUUGGUUGGCCUGUACAUUUGUGAGCUUGGGAGCCUGGACAGCUGGAUAGAGCCAGACCUAGAAAAGGUGAAAAGAUCAUAAUGGUCUAAGAUUGUGGUUUUUAGAAUGCUCUCUUCAAAAAACACAAAAAUAGGCCAUCGUGUCAUAGUAUGUUGGGAAGAAAAUGUCAGCCCAUUUGGCAAUGUUCUAUAUUAAGAGUUUUUUCCCUUCAAAGUACGGCUUUGAUCAGAAAAGUGACUAUGUAAAAAUGGUGCCACCUUUCUCAACAGCUGACUUUCAGAGUCCUGUCUAUUGGCAUACCUGUAAAAAGUAACCAUUUGAUACUUUUGACUUGUCAGCUCUCCUGAGCCAAGGCAGCUACAGAAGAGUGAGCUGGAUUCUAUCCCGUCUCACGCAACAACAGUAUUAUUCAGUACGUUCUGAUUUCAGGCCUAAAUUCUAUCUACAAUUACACCUGAGUAACCUCAAUAAGGACAAAGGGGUUUAGUGUUGUAAGCUGUUAUUUUAUUGCGUGGGUUGCAAUAGUUGGUGUUUUUCUUAUAGCCACAGCUCCUGAAGCCAUGUACUUACCUGAGAAUCUCAGCUUUCAUUAAAAUUUAAAAAAUAUUUAGCCCUUAUGGUUGCAAAGAAGAUGAAAAAUGAGACCCAAGUGUCCAGUAAAAGCUCUAAAAACCAGAACACAGAAAAACCACAACACUUUUUUUUUUAAUCCCCUGAUUUUUAAGCCAAUCUCAUGGUUUUUGGCUGCCUGACUCUUGAUUUUCCUAAUGCUUGGGGUUAGUAAUACUGGGGGUUACACAGGUGUUACUGAGCACAGAAAUUAAGCCUAAAUGGCUUUAUUCCUGGAGAAGGAUUAUGACCCAGAAAUAAUCCAGUUUGACUUUCAAAUGUAAGAGAGGUGGGUGGCAGCUAGAAAAAAAUCUUUGCAUGUAAUCUGAGUAAAUUUGAGCUGGAAUCAGAGAAAAAUGAAUAUGGAACCCCACUGUGCUAUUUUAUUUUUUGGGGAGAAUCACUCUUCAGAGUAAAUUCUUAGCUAUUUGGUGCUUAGAAUCUUAACUAUUUUGAAGUGUUUUGUCUUGGAAUACAAAAAGCAUUCUUUGUUUUCUCUCUGGUAGGCUUUUUAAGCUAUUUUGUUUGACACAAUUAUAUUAUUUGCUCUCUCUCCUAAUCGCAUUGGCACACUUGUACUGCAAUCAGCUUCUGUCUUUUCAAAAGAGUGCUUAAAAAUCCCUUAAGGCCCUGAAUUGCAAAAUAAUCCAGACAGAGAUCCCACCUGGAAGCUAUCAGAAAUAACGAGCCCUGGCAUAAUUUUUAAAAAUUCUUCCAGUGCUUUCAGAAUCCUCAAAUCUGGUCUUUAGAAACAUUGCAGUCAGAGCUCGUUCAGCCAAAAUACAUAAAACAUCCAUCUGGUUUAUAGAAAAUGGGAUUAGACAAAAAUAACUUGGCUUCUUAUUUCUUUUGAAAGUGUCUGAAAAUGUAGCUCUCAUGUCACACUGCUCUUGCUUUCAUAACUUCUUCAUUUGUGAAUAAGGGUGAUGAAAGAGAACCUAAGAACUGCCAUGCUGGAUCACACCAAUGGUCCAUCUAGCCAGUAGCCUGUCUCUGUCAGUGGUCAGUACCAGAGCUUCAGGGGUGUGUGUGUGUGUACAGAACAGGGCAGUUAGAGUGAUCUACCCAGCCCAGGCACUUCUGUUUUUCCCUGUGGGUGCUCCUCCCCCAAGGCCCUUGCCCACUCCCAACUUGCUGCUCUCCACCCUCCCCUGAGCGUCUCCUGCCAGCCACGAAACAGCUGAUCGGCAUCCCUGCCAAACAGCUGUGGCUGGUGGGUGCUGAGCACCCAUUGUUUUUUUUUUCCAUGGGUGCCUAAACCCUGGAGCACACAUGGAGUCAGCGCCUAUGCUACCCAGUCUUCCUCACCCAGUUUCUGGCAAUCAGAGGUUCAGGGCGGCCCCAAGCAUAGGGUUGCAGUGCUGAUGGUCUUGGCAAAUGGUCACUGAUGGCUCUCUCCUCCAUGAACGUACUUAGUUAUUUUCUUGAACCCUGUUAUACUUUUGGCCAUUGCAACAUCCCAUGGCAACAAGUUGCACAGGUUAAUUGUGCAUUGUGUGGAAAAAGUACUUCAUCUUGUUUGUAUUAAACCUGCUGCCUAUUAAUUUCAUUGCGUGGCUUCUGGGUUUUAUAUUGUGGGAAAGGGUAAAUAACACACUUCCUUCCCCCCUCCCCCCACCUCCCCACCCCCCCACACACACAUAUCUGUCAUGAUUUUAUAGACCUCUAUCAACUGCCCCUUAGUAGCCACUUUUCUAAUCUGGACAGUCCCAGUCUUUUAAAUCUCUCCUCGUACGGAAGCUGUUCUAUACCCUUGAUCAUCUUUGUUGCCAUUCUCUAAACAUUUUCCACUCCACCAUAUCCUUUUUGAGAUGGGGCAACCAGAACUGGACGCAGUAUUCAAGGUCUGGGGACACCACAGACUCCUAUAGUGGCAUUGUGAUAUUUACUGUUAUCUAUCCCUUUCCUAAUAGUUCCUAACCUUCUGUUAGAGCUUUGUGUUUUGUCAUUCACAUGCCAUCUGUUCUUUAAACAAGAGAAACAAGUGGAGGACUGGCCGCUUCAUGAGGUAUAGAGCCUUUUCCCUUCUUAGGCCAUGUGCAAUGAGUUUGGGGGGUUCACUAUUGCUUUUAAAGAGAGGGUCUGUCCCAUUUGGGGGUGGGAUCUACAGCAAGCCAGUCCAACCCCUUAAUGGGACGACAUGGGAAAGAUUUACUUUUCCAGUCUCCUUUUGCAGGAGCUAUCACAGAAUAUGAGACACUUCCAUAAACAUCUAAAAGAAUUAGGAAGUAGACAUUAGUGAUGGAAAGGGACCUGUUCCAAUACAUCACAGUCCCCAUACCCGUGAUUGAAUAGUAUGCUCCGGGACUGGCAAUUUACACUGACUGUAGCUGAGACAAAGCCAUAUUAUUUUUAAUCUCAUUCUAUCUAGACUGUGUCCUUUUAAAUACAUCUUCAAAGAGCCCUGUCUCCAGAAAGGACUGUCGAGCUCUCUUAGGGGGAUCUGAUCUGUUGGACAGCCCAACAAAACACUCCUCACAACUGUUAAACUCCAGCAGCAAGCAGCCUUGUGUGAUUGAUUGGAUGCGGUUUGGUGAACGAAGAGUUAAGGUUUGUCUUAGAUCUCCUUUAAUUGUAGAGCAAAAUUAAUUAAUCCUGCCAAACUCUAUUAGUGUAUGAGCCGGGUGAAGCGAAACAACCGUAAUUGAAGUGACAUUUUUGCUCAGGCAGCCUGUUGAACUGUGAUAGAUUAGCAGUAAAGAAACCAGGAGUUGAUGAGAUUUUAGUGAUUAACAGGUGUCACAUUAGCACUGAUUCUGUCCUGGGAGUAUUCACUGGUCAGCCAGGCACACAAAAAACACAUGCAGAAAAAAACAUUAGACACAAACCAGAAGACCACAUUUGCUUUUCAAGCAUGUGACUAUCUCUCAUCAGCUGCUGUGGGAGUUCCCAGAUAAAUAAUAUCUUGCUCUGUUCUAGGACACGGUCUGCAGGACCCAUGGUGCCCUUUACAACCUGUUAUUCUGGAAAUGGUUAAAAUGGACUGUCAUAAAUAUAAAGGGAAGGGUAAACCCCUUUGAAAUCCCUCCUGGUCAGGGGAAAGCUCCUCUCACCUGUAAAGGGUUAAGAAGCUAAAGGUAACCUCACUGGCACCUGACCAAAAUGACCAAUGAGGAGACAAGAUACUUUCAAAAGCUGGGAGGAGGGAGAGAAACAAAGGGUCUGUGAGUCUGUCUAUAUGCUGGUUUCUGCCGGGGAUAGACCAGGAAUGGAGUCUUAGAACUUUUAGUAAGUAAUCUAGCUAGGUAUGUGUUAGAUUAUGAUUUCUUUAAAUGGCUGAGAAAAGAACUGUGCUGAAUAGAAUAACUAUUUCUGUCUGU